GGGGGGGGUGCCCGGUCCCCGCUCCGCGGCCUGCGUGCCCCGCCCGGCCUGAGACCUCCCGCGUCGCGGAAGCUCCCAUCUGAGCCAUGUUUUUCACCUGCGGCCCAAAUGAGGCCAUGGUGGUCUCCGGCUUCUGCCGGAGUCCCCCAGUCAUGGUGGCUGGAGGGCGUGUCUUUGUCCUGCCCUGCAUCCAGCAAAUCCAGAGGAUCUCUCUCAACACACUGACCCUCAAUGUCAAGAGUGAAAAGGUUUACACUCGCCACGGGGUUCCCAUCUCAGUCACUGGCAUUGCCCAGGUAAAAAUCCAAGGGCAGAACAAGGAGAUGUUGGCAGCUGCCUGCCAGAUGUUCCUGGGCAAGACCGAAGCGGAGAUUGCUCACAUUGCACUGGAGACGCUUGAGGGCCACCAGAGAGCCAUCAUGGCCCACAUGACUGUGGAGGAAAUCUAUAAGGACCGGCAGAAGUUCUCAGAGCAGGUUUUCAAAGUGGCUUCCUCAGACCUGGUCAAUAUGGGCAUCAGCGUGGUCAGCUACACCUUAAAGGACAUCCACGAUGACCAGGACUAUUUGCACUCCUUGGGGAAGGCUCGCACAGCUCAAGUCCAAAAGGAUGCUCGAAUUGGGGAAGCAGAGGCCAAGAGAGAUGCUGGAAUCCGGGAGGCCAAAGCCAAGCAGGAAAAAGUGUCUGCACAGUACUUGAGCGAGAUCGAGAUGGCCAAGGCGCAGAGGGACUAUGAGCUGAAGAAGGCCACCUACGACAUCGAGGUCAACACACGCCGAGCACAGGCUGACCUGGCCUACCAGCUACAGGUGGCCAAGACGAAGCAGCAGAUCGAGGAGCAGCGGGUACAGGUGCAGGUGGUGGAGCGGGCCCAGCAGGUGGCAGUGCAGGAGCAGGAGAUCGCCCGCCGGGAGAAGGAGCUGGAGGCCCGAGUGCGGAAGCCUGCGGAGGCUGAGCGCUACCGGCUCGAGCGCCUAGCAGAGGCCGAGAGGUCCCAACUGAUCAUGCAGGCUGAGGCUGAAGCUGAGUCUGUGCGGAUGCGUGGGGAGGCCGAGGCCUUUGCCAUCGCAGCCCGGGCCCGGGCCGAGGCUGAGCAGAUGGCCAAGAAGGCGGAAGCGUUCCAGCUCUACCAAGAGGCGGCUCAGCUGGACAUGCUGCUGGAGAAACUGCCUCAGGUGGCAGAGGAGAUCAGCGGGCCACUGACCUCUGCCAACAAGAUCACACUGGUGUCCAGUGGAAGUGGAGCCGUGGGAGCCGCCAAAGUGACCGGAGAGGUGCUGGACAUCCUGAACCGCCUGCCAGAGAGCGUAGAGAGACUCACGGGCAUCAGCAUCUCCCAGGUAAAUCACAAGCCUUUGCGAACAGCCUGACCUUCGCCGACAUCUACCCCUGUGGUUCGAGUUGCCUGAUGGUCCUGUUAUUGCAUGCACUUCAGCUGACCUCCGAGCAUGCGUUGUUGAGAGUGGUCUCCACCCCAUAUCUCCUGCCAAAUUAGCUGUGCCUUGCCUGGGAUGGGAAGGGUUGCUCCUUUUGACCCCCCACACUGCCAAGACUGCCACUCCCCCAGGGGUCCUGUCAAGCAUUUUGAUGAUCCCAUCCUACCCCAAACUUAUUUAACUUUAAAUUAAAUUAGAAUGUCUAAAA